AUGGUGCCUUCUGCACAGCUGGAUUUCAACCUGCAGCCUCUUCUGGAACAGCUCGACCAGGAUGAGUUGAGCAAGUUUAAGUCUCUGCUGAGGACCCUUUCCCUGCAAGAUGAGUUACAGCACAUUCCCCAGAUGGAGGUAGAACAGGCUGAUGGGAAGCAACUGGCAGAAAUUCUCACCAACCGAUGCCCCAGCUACUGGGUAGAGAUGGUGACCAUCCAGGUCUUUGACAAGAUGAACAGAACAGAUCUGUCUGAGAGAGCAAAGGAUGAACUCAGAGAAGCAGCGUUGAAGUCACUUCAGGAAAAUAAGCCUCCAUCAUUAGAGAUCACAUGGACUCAGGAACCAAAAUGUGAAAACCCGGAAGAAAUACAGCAGCAUUUAGAAGAUGACGAGGAGCCAGGUAAACAGGAUAAAUACAGAAAUAUAAUGAAGAAGUUCUGGCACAUCUGGGAGAAGAACUUUUGGCCUGAGGCCAGUGAAAACAUCCAUAUUGUCGCCCAGAGAUAUGAGAUGCUGAUCCCAUUCUGCAAUCCUAAAAUGCUUACAGGGCCGUUUCCGCACACGGUGGUGCUGCAUGGUCCUGCAGGCGUUGGGAAAACCAUGCUGGCAAAGAAGUUGAUGCUGGACUGGACACAGGACCACCUCGCAAAGACGUUCCCUUCCACCUUCUAUCUGAGCUGCAAGGAGCUCAACCACAAGGGGGCGUGCACUUUUGCAGAGCUGAUAUCCGAGAGCUGGCCAGAUUUGCAGGAUGCCAUUCCAGAGAUCCUAGCCCAAGCGCAGAAGAUCCUGUUCAUCAUCGAUGGUUUUGACGAGCUGAGAGUCCCCCCGGGGGCACUCAUCCAUGACAUAUGUGGCGACUGGCGGAAGCAGAAGCCGGUGCCCAUCCUCCUGGGGAGUUUGCUGAAGAGAAAAAUGUUACCCAAGGCCACUUUACUGAUCACCACUCGACCGGGGGCCCUGAGAGAGCUCCGGCUCUUGGUUGAACAGCCACUCUUCAUAGAAAUCGAAGGGCUCUUAGAGCUGGACAGGAAGGCGUAUUUCUUGAAACACUUUGCGGAGGAGGCUCAAGCGCUGCGAGCCUUUGACUCGAUGAGGAACAACGCAGCUUUGUUCCACAUGGGCGCGGCCCCCGCCGUGUGCUGGAUCGUCUGCACUUGUCUGCGACUGCAGAUGGAGAAGGGGGAGGACCCCGCCCCGACUUGCCAGACCACCACGUCACUGUUCCUGCGUUUCCUGUGCAGCCAGUUCACGCCAGCUCCCGGCAGCUGCCCCAGUCAGGGCCUCCAAGCUCCAGUGGAGGCCCUGUGUCUCCUGGCUGCUGAGGGCGUCUGGACACAGACGUCUGUGUUUGAUGGAGAAGACCUCGAGAGACUUGGGGUAAAGGAGUCUGCCCUCCAUCCUUUCCUGGACAGGAAUAUCCUCCAGAAGGGCAAAGACUGUGAGGGCUGCUACUCCUUCAUCCACCUCAGUGUCCAGCAGUUUCUUGCUGCCUUGUUCUAUGUCCUGGAGAGAGAGGAGGAGGAGGAAGAUGGGGAUAGCCACAGGUGGGACAUCGGGGAUGUGCAGAAGCUGCUCUCCAAGGAAGAAAGACUAAAGAACCCCACCCUGGCCCAUGUGGGGCACUUCUUAUUUGGCCUUUUGAAUGAAAAGAGAGCCAGGGAGCUGGAGACAACUUUUGGCUGCCGAGUGUCCUUGGAGGUCAAGCAGGAAUUGCUGGAAUGCAGAAUAAAGUCCAAUGAGGGUAAACCCUUCUCCUCAGUGACGGACGCGAAGGAGUUUUUGUACUGUCUCUACGAAUCUCAGGAGGAGCAGCUUGUGAAGGAUGCAAUGGCCUGCAUCAAGGAAAUGUCCCUGCACUUGAAAAAUAAAAUGGACAUCAUACACGCAUCAUUCUGCCUCAAGCAUUGUCAAAACUUGCAGAAAUUUUCGCUGCAGGUAGAAAAGGGAAUAUUCCUGGAGAAUGAUACUGCAUCGGAAUCAGAUGCUCAGGUUGAGAGGUCCCAAAAUGAUCAACACAUGCUUCCUUUCUGGAUGGACCUUUGUUCUGUAUUUGGCUCAAACAAGAAUCUGACAUUUCUGGACAUCAGUCAGAGCUUCCUUAGUACCACAUCAGUGAGAAUUAUUUGUGAAAAAAUAGCCUCUGCUACCUGUAAUCUCCAGAAAGUGGUCCUCAAAAAUAUUUCCCCACCUGAUGCUUAUCGGAACUUCUGCAUCGCUUUUGAUGGUCAUGAGACUCUGACACAUCUGACGCUUCAAGGAAAUGACCAGGACGAUAUGCUUCCCCCCUUGUGUAUGGUCUUGAGGCACCCGAAAUGUAAUCUGCAAUAUCUGAGUUUGGUAUCUUGUUCUGCCACCACUCAGCAGUGGGCUGAUCUCUCCUCUUCCCUCAAAAUCAACCAGUCCCUCACAUGCCUGAACCUUACAGCAAAUGAGCUCCUGGAUGAGGAUGCCAAGUUGCUGUACUUGACUCUGAGACACCCAAAGUGCUUCCUGCAGAGGUUGUCGUUGGAAAACUGUCACCUUACAGAAGCCUAUUGCAAGGAGCUGUCUUCUGCUUUGAUUGUCAACCAGAGGCUGACACACCUGUGUUUAGCAAAGAAUGCUCUGGGGGAUGAUGGGGUGGAACUUCUGUGUGAGGGCUUGAGUUACCCUGAAUGUCAACUACAGACCCUAGUGCUAUGGUACUGCAACAUAACCAGUGAAGGCUGCAAUCAUCUCUCAACGCUUCUCCAACAAAAUUCAAGCCUCACGCACUUAGAUCUGGGGCUGAAUCACAUAGGAAUUAUUGGACUGAAGUUUCUGUGCGAGGCUUUGAAGAAACCACUGUGUAACCUGAGAUGUCUAUGGUUGUGGGGAUGUGCCAUCACUCCUUUCAGUUGUGAAGACCUCUCGUCUGCCCUCAGCAGCAACCAGAACCUGACCACUCUGGAUCUGGGCCAGAAUUCCUUGGGCUACAGUGGAGUAAAGGUGCUGUGUGAUGCCUUGAAGCUUCAAAGUUGCCCCCUCCAGACACUCAGAUUGAAGAUAGAUGAAUCUGAUGCUCGAAUCCACAAGCUGCUGCAAGAAAUCAAAGACAGCAACCCACAACUGACUAUUGAGAGUGAUCAUCGAGAUCCAAAAAACAACAGACCUUCUUCUCAUGACUUCAUUUUCUGAAUCCCCCUGGAGUCAUUCCUUCUACAGUAAAGUCAUGGAUCUUCAAGGUGGUGGUGAACCUCCUAUGAGCCUUCUCAGCAGUCCUAGUUUCUGGGCCAGAUGUUGUUUUAGCCGUGGUUGUGCCUCUGGCUUACAUAA